UUUGCCGUUCAAAAAAAAAACAGAUGCCUUCGAAAAUGCGCCAUAAAAUUAACGCACGUUUCUUGUUUCAACCCAAGAGGACAGUUGCACAUGGCGGGGAAGGUGUUCGACGAAAUGCCUCUGAGAAACUGAUUCCGAUCACGUUCACCCAUUUCAUCUCAACCGUACGGAACCUAAAUCCACAACUCUACUGAUCUCACGUUCACCCACAAACCACUCACUGCACUCAGAUUCUCAUCACACAUUUGCACAUUUCAUAAAAUUGCUCCUAUUUGAGAUCAAGAAAUGUGGAGGCGUGUUAGUUCACUGUCAAACAUUAUUUCCGUUGCUAAACCGUCUCUGCUUUAUCAGGUGGCACAUGGACUACAUAUUCUCAAAGCAUUCAGCACCGAGGCCUUGAAUCCGGCGGAAGCUGGAAUCCUGUCAAAGACGAGGUCCCCAACCAUUAAUUUUGUAUUAGGAGGCCCUGGUGUCGGAAAAGGUACACAAUGUACACGUAUUGCUGAGACUUAUGGAUUCACACACCUAAGCGUCGGAGAUAUGCUUAGAAAAGAAAUAUCAUCCAACAGUGAAUAUGGCGACAUGAUACUGGAGACGAUCACAAAAGGAAAAAUUGUUUCUUCGGAAGUGACAGUCAAAUUGCUCAAAAGUGCUAUAGCAUCUAGCGAAACCGAUAGAUUUUUAAUUGAUGGUUUCCCAAGAAGUGAGGAGAACCGCGUGGCUUAUGAACAAAUAAUUGGAAUAGAACCGGAAGUUGUACUUUUCUUUGAGUGCAAUGAAGAGGAGAUGAUGAAACGAGUACUACAUCGUAAUCAGGGACGGGUUGAUGAUAACAUCAUUACCACAAAGGAACGCCUUCGGGUGUUUGAAGCUUAUAGUCUACCUGUUAUUAGAUACUACUCUCAGAAAGGGAAGCUUCACAAGAUCAACGCCAUAGGAACAGAAGAUGAGAUCUUUGAACGAGUGCGGCCUAUUUUUGACGCAUAGUUUGGAUUUGUUUGAAAUGCUUCUAAAUUCGAAUUUGAGUUUGAGUUUGAAUUUGAAUCCAUCUAUAUAUAAAACUCAAAACUAGUAUAUCAUAUCUCUCUUUCUCUUAUAAUGUA